AUUGAUGAGGAUCUAGCAGCAUAUUUAGCUGAGUCUUUACUAAAAUAUCAAAAGUUAGAUAUGACUACAGACCUGUUAAUGGUAUAUACAUCAAGUUUUGUAGAAAAUAUUAGUAAAAAUAGACAGACUGUUAAGUUAGAGCAAACUAGUCUG